AUUAAAUGGCUGGUUGGACUUGAGGAUUUGACCCGGAUUUCACAGUCCCUGCCAUCUCAACUACACCACGCACGCGCAGCUAUUGGAAAUAUUAGGAGCAAUAUUUGUGCGCGUACGCCUGGGCGAGGGGACACAGCAGAGGCGCGAUCUUGA